AAUCACAAAUUCCAAAACGCGGUCGUUUCAGUAACGAUGUUGAUUUUUAUCUCGCUACACCCUUUGUCAAAAUAAUCUCCAGUCUCCGGUCAAUUUGGGGAACAACCCGCUUCCUUUCUCUCCGCCGCUACCACCGCCAUGGCUUCCAAAGCUCCACCGUCGUCCACCGAGAAACAAAGAGACUUCUUCAAUCAUCUCGAAGCUUACCUCGCAAAGCGAGACGGCGUCGACAAGCUCUUGAAAAUCUCUAGGUACACCACCAAAAUCAUCCUCUCCUCUUCCGCUCUCUCCGAAUCUCAUCCUCUCACCCACCGUCUCAAGAGCUUCGAGUCCAGCGUCGGCGUUAGUCGCAAGGCCUUCCGUCUCGGCAAGUUCGUCCAGGACCUCAACGCCUUAAGAAAUUCGCAUUUCGAAUCUAAUCAAGAACUUCUGCUCGCCCUCCUUGCGUAUGGCGGAGAAGGGUUUUAUUACUUUGUCGAACAGUUCAUUUGGUUAGCUAAAUCUGGUUUGAUUGACAAACGACACUCGAGUCUCUUGCAGAAGAUCAGUGCGUGGGCGGAAUUGAUCGGCUAUAUCGGGAGUAUUUCGUUGAAAUUGAGGGAUUUGAAUCGUAUUCUUGAAGAUGAGGCGUGUUUGAAAGCGAGUACUGAGAUUGCGGCCACUAGGGGGAAUGGACAUCGUGAAGAAGAAGAGAAGAUGAAGAAGUUGCGUGCGAAAAUGUUGAUGAAGAAGCUUUCGAUUGUUCAAGAUUUUGCCGAUGGAUUCAUGGCGGUGGCGGACAUUCAUGAUGGGCACGGCCGGUUUUCAGGUCCUCUUCUAAUUUCUUGUGCUGGGCUUCUCUCGGCAUUGAUUAGCACUCAUAAGAAUUGGAUAUCAUGCUGAAAAUAGCUUUCAAUUUUACUAGGCUAAAUUUUCUGUUCAUUUGAAAACAUUCAUAGCACAGAGCCACAUACUAUAUAUCUCAAGAAUAAUAAGCACAAGACAGGAAUUUUGAUCCUAAACUAUCAAUGUAAAAUGAUGAUUAUCGUUAGUCUUCUCCCACAUUAUUAGCUUGAAGCUUGUUAGAGUUCAGUUCAUUGGUUUCCAUAACCAUUACCAUUACAAUAAUCCUUGACCAUAGGUCUCUGUUUUCUUCAAUUGAUUAUGGUGGUAUGGUAGCUGCGGCUUUAUGAUGAUCAGAGAUUAUGUUGUUUCCUUGUGCAAAUGUUCUACCAGAGUGUUCAUGUUUAGAUUAAGUUAAAGAAUUUGUUUGAAUCUA